CUUCUCGCGAAAUUUCACACAAGAUUUACAAGAUAACUAAAGCGCAUCUCAAAUGCACAUUCUUCGGAACUUGGUUCGUAACAGGUGCCUGGGUAAUGUCUGCAUCCCACGAGCUAACUUGCUGACAUUCAAAGAUCUACCAAAAGUUGGAAGCAAGAGGGCAAACGAAUCGGCCAGUGAGACAGGUGCUAAAAAACCGAAUAGAUUUGCCGAUUUAUAUCUGAAGAAAAGUGGCGGCCACGCAGGAGGCUAUCAAAAUCUGAGACCCAACAGGCUGUAUAGCCAGAGUGACUCGGCACAGGGCCCCAGAAAAAAUUACAAUGAUCAGAGAUUCCCAAGUCCCCAAAGGAACACAAAUGACAAUAAAGAGAAACUGUUCCUUGAGUACAACCGCAUCAGACAGAAGUUGAAUGAGACUCAUAAGAUACAGCAACAGCAAAAAAAUGCAUCAGGUGCCCAAAGGAAUCAAACAUCGAAAUCAAAUAAAGGGCAAUACCGCCCAAACAAACAUUCAUCACAUCCCGUUACAGAAAAAAUCAAGAUCACAAUCCCGACAUUCGUGACGGUGGCAAACUUGGCAACAAUUAUGAGUGUACCAUUAUCUCGCUUAUUGAAGAAGUUAGAAGUUCUUGGUUUUGAAGGAAUGACACACAACUAUAUUUUAGAUAAAGAAAACGCAUCUCUUGUGGCUGAUGAAUACGGGUUUGAUGUUACCAUGAGCGACGAUAGUGCAGAUGCAGACUUGUUUCCUCCCCCAGAAAAGCCAGAAAAAUUGAAGUCGAGGCCACCAGUUGUCACUAUCAUGGGACACGUCGAUCACGGAAAAACUACCAUUCUUGAUUAUUUGAGAAAGUCUGUGAUUGUCCAAGGUGAAUUCGGGGGUAUAACCCAACAUAUUGGUGCGUUCUCGGUGACCACUCCUAUUUCCAAGAGAAAGAUUACGUUUUUGGAUACCCCAGGACACGCGGCGUUCUUAAGCAUGAGAGAGAGAGGUGCCAUAGUGACUGACAUUGUGAUCUUAGUUGUUGCUGCUGAUGACUCAGUUAUGCCUCAAACUAUCGAGGCAGUCAAGCAUGCGAAAAAGUCUGGAGUGCCAAUGAUCGUUGCCAUCAAUAAGUGUGAUAAACCAGGCAUCAAAGUUGACAAGGUGUUGAGCGACCUUGCUAGACAUGGUGUCGAUAUUGAGGACUAUGGUGGAGAAACACAGACUGUUCAGGUGAGUGGAAAAACUGGGUUGAACAUGGAUAAACUCGAAGAAGCAGUGAUCACUCUCUCGGAGCUCAGUGAUUUCCAAGCAGAAUAUGAUAGUGUUCCAGGAGUAGGCUGGGUCAUUGAGUCUGAAAUCGUAAAAGGCUUGGGAAACGUCGCAACUGUGUUGGUGAAAAGAGGCACUAUCAAGCCUGGGUCUUUUUUGGUCGCUGGCAACACUUAUUGCAAAGUGAGAGGCAUGAAGGAUGAACACGGUAAACCAGUCAAGAAGGCAGGACCAUCUACGCCCGUCCAGAUAUGGGGGUGGAAAGAACUCCCUCACUCUGGGCUGCAGAUACUCGAGGCCAAACUGGAGCAGAUUUGUAAGAAAGUCAUCCUGAAUCGCGAGAGUCGCGAGAAGCAAAUUCAAGCUGCAAGGGAUAUUGAUCUUAUCAACGAAAAAAGGCAAAAGGAAGUCAAGGAGUUGGAGAGGCAAGAAAAAAUCAACGAACUCAAAUUGGCAGGGUUGGAUGCAAGCGAACUACUUGAAAGUGAGGAUGACCAAUCGAAGGUGAUCAAAUACAUUGUGAAAUCGGAUGUUUUUGGUUCAGCAGAGGCGAUCAAAGAGAGUCUUGAUGGUCUUGGAAACGAGGAGAUUCGUGCACAGGUUAUUUCGCAUGAAGCCGGUGUUCCAACAGAAUCAGACUUGGAUAUGGCAGAUGCGUUGGGCGCACAAAUCCUCUGCUUCAAUGUCAAAGUCCCCAAACCUAUACUGGCAAAAGCUGACAACUUGAGUGUCAAGAUACACGAGCAAAACGUCAUUUACAGGUUGAUUGAGGAGGUCACGGCCGAACUCACAUCGAAAUUGAAGCCGCACAUCGAAAUUAAGGUUCUUGCAGAUAUUGAACUCCGCAAUGUCUUCAAUAUUACCGGCAAAAAUAAAACGAUGACCAAGGUUGCAGGGUGCAAGGUCAACAGCGGAAUAUUGAAGAGAUCCUCGAAGGUGCGCGUGGUAAGAAAGAAGGACGUUAUUUAUUCAGGGACGUUAUCAUCCCUAAAGCAUGUCAAACAGGAUAUUAGCGAAGCUGCUAAGGGAUCUGAGUGUGGACUCUCCUUCCAAAACUGGGAAAAGUUUGAAGAAGGGGACAAAAUCGAGGCCUAUGAGGAGAUUGAAAUUCCUCGGUUCUUAUAAGUUUUUACUCGCCAUCCCGUGGCAACUUGCUGAUAUGUCAUAUUGUAUAUAGUGACAAAGUUGCGUCGAAAAUUCAGGAAGAUUCUACCGAGACGCGACAGUCGUAGUGACUCAAUGGGCUUUAGUAUGAGCCAUUACAAGAAAUACAGGGAAGUGGUCUUUUUUAUUAU